AUCGACACCGUCUUUUAAUAGUGGGCUUUGUCUCUUUGCUUGUUGCCUCCACUCGCCUCUCUCUCUCUCUCUGUGCUCGCGGACAUCGAUGAAUGCCAGAUUUUGGUGAACGUGAAUCCUUGAUUUUGUCCUCUUGCUUGUCUUGUUUCUGGGUUCGUCUCUCUCGUUUUUCCUUCCUUUCCCAUGGCUGAAACCCUAGCCCUGCGUCCCGAGCCGGCCCCGGAGGCCGGUUCGGGCGUGAAGCCCGGCAAUGCCGGUGAUAAUGGUGGAGGGGUGAGGGCGGAGAUCGACACGUCGGCUCCGUUCGAGUCCGUCAAGGAGGCGGUGAGUCGGUUCGGCGGGAGCGGUUUCUGGAAGCCCUCUCAUCUUCUCAAGUCCCCUGAAACUCAGAACGGGGAAGAGGUUGACUUAGUGAAACUGGAAGAGCAGGCGUCACAGCUGGAGAAGGAUCUGAUUGUAAAGGAGCGGGAGACUUUGGAUGUCUUGAAGGAGUUGGAAUCAACAAAAAUCAUUGUUGAAGAACUUAAAGCAAAGCUUCAGAAGGAAACAUCUGAAAUGAAUGUCGCGCUUGAGACCAGUGUGAAUAAUGAAAAUGUUGAUCCUAUGGAACAUGAAGCUGAAAAGGAAAAUCACUAUGAAGGCGGUUCGCUGAAUGGAUUGGGCGGCCCAGUUUCCUGUCCUUCUUCAUCCCCGGGGUUAAUCCUAAUGGAACUGAAACAAGCUAAGUUGAACCUUACCAGGACCACUAAUGAUCUCAGCGAUAUCCGUGGUUCUGUAGAUUCGCUUAAUAGGAAACUAGAGAAGGAAAGGGUUUCCCUUGAGAAGACUCGGGAGAGGUUGACUCAGAAUUCGUCGAAGAUAUCUUCACUCGAGGAAGAGCUAAACCAGGCGAGACUAAAAAUGCAAAUGGCAAAAGAAGCAGGAACUAACUCACCUGAUUGCCCUUCUGCUCUUACAAGGGAGUUCCAUCGCUUGAGCUCUGAGGCGGAACAGUUCAAGAUAAUGGCAGAAGCUGCGAAGCUUGAGGUUCAGAGAGCCAUAUCUGAGAUUGAGCAGACUAAAACUAAAAUUAGAACAGCCGAGAUGAGGUUGGUUGCAGCUAGAAAAAUGAAGGAAGCUGCUAGAGCAACAGAAGCUGUUGCUCUCGCUGAAAUUAAGGCUUUAUCAAAGAGUGAGAGCUCAACAGGUGAAGUGACUCUAACAUCUGAGGAGUACUCUUUACUAACCUCCCAAGCUCGCGAAGCAGAAGAAAAAUCUAAGAAGAGAGUACUGAGCAUGAUGCUCCAAGUCGAUGUGGCAAACAUUUCUAAAACGGAGAUACUAAAGAGGGUAGAGGAGGCAACAGAGGAAGUAAAAAUAAGCAAGAAGGCUUUAGAAGAAGCUCUUUGUAGAGUGGAUGCUGCUAAUCAUGGAAAGCUCGCAGUUGAGGAGGCUCUUCGGAAAUGGAGGUCUGACCAUGGUCGCAGAAGACGUUCACUACAUAACUCGACCAAGUUUAAAAAUUCUGGCCCCUCUCACCUGAGGAGGGAUUCCCGCCUUAUUGAGGGUGGUGAACUGAAUGUGGAUGACAUUGAGGUGUCAAAACCCGUUCUAAAGCCGACGCUCUCGAUUGGACAGAUACUGAGCAAUAAGCUGCUUCUAGCUGAGGAGUUUGAGUCAGGGAAAUUGUCUGGAAAGGAGAGCGUGAAACGGAAGGUUUCGCUGGCUCAAAUGCUUAGUAAGCAAAACGAUGUACCUAUUUCUCGAAAGCCUAGAGAGGAAUGUGGUCAUAAGCAGUUCUCUUCCAAGAGGAGGAAAUUUGGCUUCGCGCGGUUUUCACUUCUGUUGGCGAAGCAGAAUAGGAAAAAGCAGAAACCAUUGCUUAAUUAGAUCAAUGGGGAUGUCUGGAAUUCAAUUAGUCGAUUGCUAACUGCGCAGUUUCUGUUCUAACCCAUGUUUUGGCUAGCGUUCUCGCUAUUCGGACUUCUGUUUUCGUAUUUUAUUAUCCUGUUGGAGUGAGAUAUAAUUUCUUAGUUUGUUUGGCUAGGGCUGGUUUAUGCAAUUGUGUUCCCAGAUUCCAAGGUGGGGAUUGGUGAUGAUGACUCCAGAUUUGUACAUGAUCCUGUUUGCAUUUGCUCCUGUUUAAGAAUCAAGUACCGAAUGUUGUUGUGCU